ACAACUAAAAGCAAGUCAUCUACUUUCAUUUUCUUUUAACAAUCAUUUGAAAGUUAUAUAAGAACAUAUGUAUUCGACAUCGACGAUGGCAGCUGUGAAGUCAUCAUCAAUUGUUUCACUAUUAUUGUUGUGCUUGUUGGUGAUUGUGCUGCAAACCCGGGUGAUCGAAUGUCAGCCCCAGCAGACAUGCACCGCAUCACUUACGAACCUGAACGUGUGUGCACCAUUUUUAGUGCCAGGCUCACCCACUGCAAGCACAGAGUGUUGCAUGGCACUACAGUCAGUUAAUCAUGACUGUAUGUGCAACACUAUGCGCAUUGCAGCUCAAAUUCCAUCUCAGUGCAACCUCCCUCCCCUCUCUUGUGCCGCAAAUUGAGUUUGAGGUCAGUGCCAGCCAGUUUACAUCUGCUACAUGUGCAAAUGAAAUAAUAUCGUAACAAUAAAUUUAUGUUGUCUCUUCAGCAAAAGAGUUUGUAGUAUCAUAUAUAUAUGAUUAUCAAUAAACAAAUUAUGUGACUCGGUUAA